AUGACUCACAAACGCUCUAGCGACACGGAGCCGAAUGAAAACGUUCCAAACGAAACGAGUGACGAUUUGCCGACAAACCAAUUCAAUAAUGCUGCAACAUUUGCCGCGGAAGUAAAAUUGCAACGCAAUGCCCAAGGGUUAGAAGCUAAGAGCAAAGACUUAGCAGACGCCAAUAAAGUUGUUGCAAUCGCCGUGGGUGGCGAGAGCCUCAGAGGCGGUACGUUUGCAAACAGACAAGCGAUUUUCGACAAUAAAGAAAGGGGGGCGUCACCGUGCACCAUACAAAUA